AUGUUCGUGGUAUUUCCAGAGCCACCAAUGGUAAUAAAGUCAGCAAUGGCUCAGUACUCCUCCCCGUUGUUACGAUUAUGCAUUUAUUUCGGACUUGACAUGGCCGAUUUCGGCUUCCGACGAAAGCGUGCAUUCGACAGAAUAGCACGUGCUGAAUUCGGAGGGGAACGGCUGGGCGUAAGAAGCGAGCUUCGACCCGACUAUCAAUCUCCAGACUUCGGCUUCCGAAAAAACGAGCAUGAACUAAUAGACGAACUGGCGAUAGCGAUCGCCGCAAUGGGCCGUGCUUCUCCUGUCGCAGAGCCUGUGAGGCCUUCCGUAGACGAAGAAAAGUAG